AUGAGGACUACAUCAAGGUCAGAGAGUGAGAAUAAUUUUUAUACAAAGUUUACCAAUCCCCAUCUCACUCUAGUAGAGUUUUACAUGAGAUUUGAGAGUGCAUUGGAUGCUCAAAGACAUACUCAAGGUCAAUUUGACAAUGAUUCUAAACACAAGCAUCCAGAAUGUAAGACUUCCUUUGCAUUAGAGAAACAUGCUUCUAAAAUCUACACUGUUUCAGUCUUUUAUGAUUUUCAAGAGGAGCUCGAGAUUGGUUGCUUUCACUGUGGACUUGAGGAGUACAAGAAAGAAAGAAAAUGGAUGUUUGAGAGGUUAGGGAUUCCUUGUAGGCACAUGGUUUGGGUGUGGAAGGCAAAGAUGAUUGAGUAUAUUCCUGAUGCUUAUGUGCUAAAUAGGUGGACUAGUUUGGCAACUAAAACGCCAAUUUUUGAUUUAGAAGGAAAUAUCUUGGAGGCAUGUGUUAACUUUGUUGAUUGUAAAAGAAUGUUAAAUGAGUUAUGGUCAGAAAUUCACACAUGUGUGAGUUUGGCUCAGGGUAAUGAAGAAGAUCUUACUGAUCUUGUGAAGAAUUUAAAAGGUUUAAGGUUAAACUUGGAAGCUAAGAAGAGUUCUAACAAUCAUGAAAACAAUGGUUCUCCUAGCAAAGCAAUAGACAUCGAGCUACUGAUUGGAGCUACCCUUCCUACUGAAAUUGUGGUUAAGCCGCUUAAAAUUUCAAAGAACAAAGGCACGGGGGUUCAUGUUCCAGGUACAGGUAGUGACAAACGAUUGAAAGGUGACAAGGAAAAGGCAAUUGAGCAAAGCCAAAAGAAGAAAAGGUUAUGUAGAGGUUGUGGAGAGCUUGGUUACCAUGAUAUCCGGAAUUGCCCACAUAAAGUGAAAGAAAAUUGUAAGUUAUAA